AUGAAGGGCACCCCGGCCAUGCCCCAGUGCGGCUUCAGCGCCCGAUCCGUGGGCAUGCUGCGCGAGACGGGUGUCGCCUUCGAUGCGGUGAACGUCUUGGACGACGAGAACAACCCCGGCAUUCGAGAAGCAGUCAAGGAGUUCAGCAAUUGGCCGACGAUCCCCCAGCUCUUCGUGCGGGGCGAGCUCAUUGGAGGGGCAGACAUCAUCGCCGAGAUGCACACGUCUGGGCAGCUGGUCGAGACACUCAAGAGCGCCACGGUCGGGACGCCCCCGCGGCGCCGUGAGGAGGCGGCCCCCGCGGCGGCCGACAUCCCGCGAGGCGAAGUCCUCCUCGUCGACGACCCGAACAACCGGCCUACGGCGACGCUGAUCUCCAACAUUGUCAGGUCGAAGUUCGAUCUGUGGGCCUUCAGCCUGCAGGACGACUCCUCCUCGCACGAGGGCGACGCGGGCGCCCUGGAGAUGGGGCUCACCAGUGAGAGCCAUUUCAAUCUGCAGCUCGUCGCCCCCGAGUUCGAAGGCCUCACGCCCCUGCAGAGGCAGCAGAAAGUUUUCGACGCCCUGAACGAGAAGGACGUGAUGAAGCGGGUCCACGCCCUGUCGCUGGUCACCCGCACGCCCGCGGAGAUGGCCCGGCUCCAGGCGGCGUGA